AUGGAGCCCAGCCCUGCGUGGGGCGUGCGGCCCUGGUGGGAGCACGGCGUCCCGUGCAGGGACUAUGCCAGGCCCUCCGCCGAGCAGGGUUGCAGCGAGCAGACCUAUGUCAGCACCGAAUGCACGACGGAGGUCGACCCUGCCACCGGGGACCCCGUCAAACGCUGCGUGAAGCUGUACAAGAGAUACCUCAAGCCCGAGAAGGUGGAUGAGCAGAAGGAGGAGAUGAUGGCCCGGGGCGAGGGCGCGCAGCAGCUGGAGCCCAACCUGGUGGAGCUCCCUGGCAGGCUGCCAGCAGCGGCGGGGCCCUCGGGGGUUGCAGCACCUGGCGUGGAGGGCGUGGGCCAUGCCGUGCAGGAGUUUCUGCGUUUUGCAGAAGAGCUGCAGGAGCAGAUGGUGCCAGGCACCAUGCACCUUGACCAGGCGCCGCCGGCGCCUGCGCGGCCAUACUGCGAGGCAGAGGUGCAGCAGCAGCAGCGGGGGCCGGGCGAGGAGGAGCAGCCGUUUGGGUGGCUGGGCGGCCUGCUGUUUGGCAAGCGACGAGCGGCGCAGGAGGGCAGCGGCGGGCGGCGGUGGCAAGCAGACGACAGCAUGUGGAGGGAGUUCGAGCGGGAUUUCACUGAAGUGUAA